AUGGUUCUGAAAUUACACGGAUUCCCUCUCUCCACCUGCAGUAAUCGGGUGCGCAUCGUACUCGAGGAGAAGGGGGUAGAAGUUGAGUUCAUCCCAGUUGAUCUGGCGAAGGGAGAGCAGAAAUCUGAAGCAUACAUCAACGAACUGCAUCCGUUUGGAAAAGUUCCCGUUUUCCAGGACACAGAUGCCGAUUUGCAGAUCUUUGAAAGCAGAGCCAUUGCUCAAUACAUUGCUAUCAAAUUCGCUGCCCAGGGAACCGACUUGUCACCCUCUGUUGCGGACUUGAAGGCGUAUGCCAAAUAUCAACAGGCUCUUUCUGUUGAGCAGUCUUACUUCGACCCAAUCGUUUCGCAAAUUGCCUUUGAGAAGGUCUUCAAGGUGCGAAAAGGCCUUGGCGCCACCGAUGAGGCUCGCGUACAAGCUCUCCUGGCACAACUUGAUAUCACGCUGGAGGGUUACGAACGUAUCCUUUCAAAGCAGCCUUAUCUCGCUGGAGAAAAAGUGACGCUCGCUGAUCUCUACCACCUGCCCUAUGGAGUCAUGGUCGAAGGCUUGGGUGCCGCAGAAUUGUUUGCCAAAUACCCAGCGACCAAGAAGUGGUGGGAAGGCUUGAAGGCGAGAGAAUCCUGGAAGAAGAUCACUUCUCAUUGA